AUGUAUCGACGACGAAUUCUUCAAAUGAAUGAAAAAGAGUUGAGAGCACUGACUGCAAUCGUGCUUCCUGGAAGGAAAGGAGACGAACUGAGACUUGGAGAAAUGCAGGAAAUGUGUAUCAAAUGGUUAUUCUCCAACGGACUCUCCAUAAACCACGUAUUUGAAAUCCACGAAGACGACGAUGAAGGUGUAUUCUGUGUCAUGAGAAACACGGAAGCUUGUUGGUGCUGUCCAAAACCGUCUGAAUCAGGAACUCUGACUGAUUUCGAUCGAGGUCCAAUAGGUGAUAAUUUCAAAAGAACUCCUUCACCUGCAAGAAAACCAAAAAUAGAAGACACCGAGAAGGAACCGAGGGUGAAGUUUGAACUGCCAUCUCCGCCAUCUUCUGAUAAUUCUCCAGUUGUUAAAUUCUCAAAACCAUCAGUUCCAACUAACAAAAUUGCGCCGAUAACAGUUCAACCAACAGUCAUUUCGAUUCCGGAUAAAAUGAAAGAAGAAAAAGAGAAAGAACAAUCGACAUGUGCAUACUGUAGAAGGGAAUGUGGACUAUGUAUUGUUACUUUAUGUUCCCAGUUCUAA